AACAGAAUAAAUAGGUGUCUCGGAGAGGAAUGUAAGCAUCCUGAAAUCACAACUCUAUUGUAUUCUGUGUAUCUAACUUUCUUCCUCUUCCUUUGUCAAGAAAGAUGUCAAACCCUUAUAUCAACGCCGCAUUUCGUUCAUCAAAAGAAUACCAAGUGUAUUUCUUCAUGAAGAAUAAGUAUGUGAGGUUGCACUACACUCCCGGAACAUACGAUGACAAGAUAUUGACUAAUCUGCGCUUGAUCAGUAGUGGUUUUCCAUCACUUGCAGGAACGCCAUUUGCAGAAUCUGGAAUAGACUGUUCCUUCGACACUGAAGCGAGUGAAGCAUAUGUGUUCUCCGGCAACCACUGUGCCUACAUAGACUAUGCUCCCGGUACAACUAACGACAAGAUCCUCGUAGGUCCUACCACAAUUGCUCAAAUGUUUCCUGUCCUCAAAAACACGGUGUUUGCGGAUGGCAUAGACUCUGCAUUCAGAUCAACCAGAGGAAAAGAAGUUUACUUAUUCAAGGGCAACGAGUAUUGUCGCAUAGCUUAUGAUACCAAGAAGCUUGUUGGCAGCAUUCGCAACAUCGGUGAUGGGUUUCCUGUUCUGAAAGGUACGAUCUUUGAAAGUGGAAUCGAUGCGUGUUUUGCCUCUCAUACGGAGUCUGAAGCUUACCUUUUCAAAGGAGAGAAGUAUGUGCGCAUCAAAUUCAGCCCAGGUGCAUAUGAUGACGCUCUUGUGGGUGAUAUCAGGCUUAUCCUUAAUGGUUGGCCGGUUCUCAAAGGCAUUUUGCCGGUCACCUAACAAGGUUUUACUCCAUUUUCGCUAUCAUCAUCAACCACCGUAGUCUCAUCUGAAUAAAUGGUGUCAUAAUAUGCUACGAAUAAGACUUCCAUUGCCAAACUCUGUCUCUUUCUCUUUAAUCUAACAUUGGGAUUGGAUAUGUCUGUUUGCUGUCCUAAUGUAACAUGUCUGAAUGUUUGUGUUUGGUUUCCUGUAAGUGGAUGUUUGUUUCCUAUCGUCAUGUAAUUUGUGUACUUAAUAAUAAAUAAAAGUAGGUGGUUUGAUUUGGUUUGAUA